AUUUGCACGUGUGGCGCGGCCCUAUAUAAAUUCAACCCGCACACGGUAUGAUUGCGUUCUCAAAUUAAAUUUCAGCAGCGAGUCGAGUCGAGUCGAGUCGGUCUCUAAUCUCUCUUCCUCUGUCUCGAAGCUUCCAUCAUAUUCCAACAAUCGCAAUGGACGCUGCAAAGAUCGGUGGUUCUUUAUUGGCUUGUACUGAUGAAGCGGUUCUCCCUGUCAGUCAAGUUUUUGAUGCAAUCAAAGAACUUGGGAAUCAAGGGGUUGAUGAGCAAUGGAAUCCUCUCGUUAUCACAUCUGCAUCAUCACUCAGCAAGCUGCCAGUGGAGUCUUCCUCUGUGGAUGUGGCCAUUUUAAUCUGGCAGUCACUUGAUUCUCCUGUGGAUCAGCUGGUUCAAGAAAUUCUUAGAGUGCUAAAAGCAGGUGGGACAACUCUUAUUCGCAAGUCAUCUCAGUCUGGUGUGGGUUCAGUUGAUAAGGCGAUAUCUGAUCUUGAGAGCAAGUUAUUGUUGGGAGGGUUUACAGAGACACAGGUUUUACAAUCAACUGUCCCGUCAGGCAGCAAAUCUUCUUGGGUGAAAGCUAAAAAGCCUUCAUGGAAAAUUGGUUCAUCUUUUGCAUUAAAGAAGGCGGUGAAGAGUUCACCUAAAGUGCAAAUUGAUUUUGAUUCGGAUCUGAUCGAUGAAGAUAGUCUUUUGACUGAAGAUGAUCUAAAGAAACCACAGCUGCCGCUUGGUGAUUGUGAAAUUGGAAGUACUAGAAAAGCCUGCAAAAAUUGCUCUUGUGGGAGGGCUGAAGAAGAGGAAAAAGUAUUGAAGUUAGGAUUGACAGCAGAACAGAUUAAUAAUCCUCAAUCAUCUUGUGGCAGUUGUGGGCUAGGGGAUGCUUUCAGGUGCAGUACCUGCCCUUACAAGGGACUUCCUGCCUUCAAAUUGGGCGAGAAGGUGGCAAUUUCUGGUAACUUCCUUGCUGCAGAUUUAUAAUGGAUGAAGUAGAAUUAGGCUUUGACAUGGGAAGGGUAAAACAGUAUUUUUAGAUGUAUGGGGUUGUUAUAAGUUAUGUUAAUACUUGAAGAACCAACUAGUCCAAAUUGUUGGAUGCCUUUUCAAGUGUGGUGACUUAUGAGAGAUUCAUUCAUGUUUUUACAGCUACUAUAGAUGUUCAAUGUCAUUGUCUCUCCUUGCUUCUCUAAAUGUAUGCUUAAAAAAUAAUUUCUCUCUUUAUGAUAAGGUUGUAGGCUGUGUAUGCUGGGUUAUAAAA